AUGGCUGGCUCACCAUUUCCUACCCUUGUGAUGAUUUUGGGCCUCAUGGUGGCUCUGGGAACCACGGCUCUUCAGGCUGAGGCCCGAGCGUUCUUCGUCUUCGGAGACUCCCUUGUUGACAGUGGUAACAACAACUACCUGGCUACCAGCGCUCGCGCAGACUCUCCUCCUUAUGGCAUCGAUUAUCCGACCCAUCGGCCCACUGGCCGAUUCUCUAAUGGUGAGCACAUCGGAUCGGAACCAACAUUGCCCUAUUUGAGUCCAGAGCUCAGGGACCAAAACUUGCUUGUUGGUGCCAACUUUGCUUCUGCUGGGAUUGGUAUACUUAAUGACACCGGAAUCCAGUUUGUGAACAUCAUUAGGGUACCCUCACAAUUGGCAUUCUUCAAAGCGUACCAACAACGAGUGGCUGCUCUUAUAGGAGAGGACAAGACUAAGCGACUUGUAAACGAAGCACUUGUUCUCGUUACCCUUGGCGGCAACGAUUUUGUGAACAACUACUACUUGGUGCCCUACUCUGCAAGGUCUCGUCAAUAUUCCCUCCCAGAAUAUGUCCACUACCUCAUCGUCGAGUACAAGAAAAUUUUAAAGAAAAUCUAUGACCUGGGAGGUCGCAGGGUUAUCGUGACAGGCACAGGACCACUAGGUUGUAUUCCAGCAGAAUUGGCCCAGCACAGCAUAAACGGCGAAUGCGCAACCGAACUUCAACGGGCGGCGUCAUUAUUCAACCCGGAGCUAGUUGAAAUGAUAAAGGAGCUCAAUAAGGAAAUAGGCACCGAUGUCUUCAUGGGGGCAAACACAAAUCAAAUGCACAUGGACUUCAUCACCAAUCCUACAGCCCAUGGGUUUGUUACAUCGAAGAUAGCAUGCUGUGGACAAGGUCCAUACAAUGGGUUGGGCCUUUGUACAGCAAUAUCAAACUUGUGCCCCAACAGAGACUUGUACGCGUUUUGGGAUUCAUUCCAUCCUUCCGAAAAGGCCAACAGUCUUAUUGUAAAACAGAUAUUUUCCGGCUCCAGCAAGUAUAUGACCCCCAUGAAUCUCAGCACCGCCAUGGCUUUGGAUUCCAGGGCCUGA